AUAUGUGAAGCUUUAUUAGAAGCGGACAGUGACGUCUCCUGUGAGUCAGUGAGUCAGGUCUGAAACGAUGAAGCUGCUGACUGCCCUGCUCGCCGUCACUGUUGCUUACCACUUGGCCGAUGCCACUUUGUCAAAGACCGACACCAAGAAGGCUGCUUCCAAGUCACUUGAGACAAAGACUCGCCUGUCUGAUGUUCCUGUGCAGUCCCGAGGGUUGGUCACCACUGAUGUCAAGGCAAAAGACAUUGUGCUGGAUCACCAAAGUUACUGCAGCAAAAAGGUGAAGGAGCGCCAUGUUUCUGGGGAUGUACUGGGAUAUGUCACACCGUGGAAUGGCCACGGAUAUGAUGUCGCAAAGACAUUUGCAUCGAAGUUCACCCUCAUGUCUCCAGUGUGGUUGCAAAUUAGAAGAAAAGGUAGACAGUCUUACCAGGUGACCGGACUGCAUGAUAUUGACCAAGGAUGGAUAAAAGACAUUAAAAAGAAUUCUAAGAUUACACGGAUUGUGCCGCGGAUCCUGUUUGAUAGCUGGACCUACCAGGACUAUGAGAGUGUUUUCAGCAGUGAAGAUGAAGUAGAAGACCUGUCAGAGGCUUUGGUCCAGACGGCGAAGGAUGAACAGUUUGACGGCUUUGUGGUAGAAGUUUGGAGUCAGCUGGGAGGACAGAAGAGACUGGAGCUGGUUCACAUUUUGACACACAUCGGACAAGCACUUCACCAAGCCAAGCUUCAGUUCAUUCUGGUUAUCCCUCCUGCAGUAGCGCCAGGAACUGACCAGUUGGGCAUGUUUGGGAAAAAGGAAUUUGAUCUUUUGGCUCCGAUUGUUGACAGCUUUAGCCUUAUGACCUACGACUAUUCAAACCCACAGAGACCAGGUCCUAACUCCCCAAUUUCAUGGGUCCAGGCAUGUGUACAGAUUCUAGACCCUGAAUCAAAAUGGAGAAAGAAGAUCCUCCUUGGCCUGCACUUCUAUGGGAUGGACUAUUCUGCUCUUGGUGCAUCUGGUGAACCAAUUCUGGGGAGCCGGUACAUUGAGAUACUGAAGGAACAUAAGCCGAAGAUUCUGUGGGACCAGCACAUCGCAGAACAUUACCUGGAAUAUAAAAAAAAUAAAGGAGGAAAACAUGCCGUGUUCUACCCAACUCUGAAGUCCAUACAGGUGCGACUGGACCUCGCGAAGAAGCUGGGGACGGGAAUAUCUAUCUGGGAGCUGGGACAAGGCUUGGACUACUUCUAUGACCUUUUAUGAUGUUAUAAGCCAUUGAAUAACAAGAGUGUAAUUCUUCUAGGAACUGAUGUGUUGAUUAAAAGGAACACAGAUGAUGUAGAAGCUGGAAGUUCAUAUUUUGUGCGAUUCACAUAACAUGGGUCUGAUGUUCCUAGUGCCCCCAUAAGCUCCAAAUUCGGCAUGUCUUCACUUUUUCGUUAACUGAAUGUAGUCUCCUCUGUUUAGUGAGAUCUCAAUCACCCUCCCCACCCCCAGAAAAAAAAACACAUUUUUAUUUCCUUAUUGACUUCAUGCCCAGUCUUUUAAUGCAAUAUAAUAGACUGUUCCAAUAUGUUGACUAGUGAUUUUGCUUUGAAUGCUGCACUUUUGGGCUUUCAUCAGUGGUUCCUGGUACCAUAAUGGGUAUUUAACUUUGGACGAGACUGGUAACUUGAUGCUCUAAGCCACCUGACAUCUCUUCUUCUAGAAUUACUAUCCUGUACAAGCUAUACUUGCUCUCACAUCUGCCUUAUUCCCACCUUGGCCUCCUUUGCUUUCAGCCAUGAAUGGACACAGAUCAGGACUAUAAUAAUUGUAAGGAAUUAAACCAUUAAAGGGGUUGCCCGGCCAUAUAUAUUGACAACCUAUCCUCAUGAAUAUCUGAUCAGCGGGGUCCAACACCCCACCCCCCCCCCACCCCCCAGAUCAGCGGUUUAAGAGGUGUCAUUCCAUGCGAGCGCCACUUCUUGUACAUUACACUGCACUUCAAAUCGGAAGCAUUACACAAGUACACGCUCCAUUGAAGUGAAUAGAGCGAGUAUUUGUAAUUACACUACGCCACUGCUUCGAGGGAGAUAGUGUAAAGACCAGGAAGCAGCGCUCCUAUGAAGUACUGAUAUUGAUGACCUAUCCUGAGGAUAGCUCAUCAUUAUAUGUGGCCCGACAUCCCCUUUAAUAAGAUGCAAAUCAGCAACAAUGUAACCAGGCUCAAAAGAUUGUUUUUGUUUUGUUUUUUUAUUCGUAAAUACUGCAACUUUUGGGUGAAACUUUUUAAUAAAUGCAUAGGGGAAUAAUGCUGAUCUGUAGUGAAAUGUUAUUUUUUUUUUAAAUCUGGAAUAUAAUUUGCACAAUUAAAGUCAAACGGGAGUUAAU